AUUUAUAUUUUGAUAUAACAAAAAUAUAUUUGUAACUUUUAAUUCUUAGCUCUCCCCACUCGCCUCCCUAUUCACUCGUCGGUGCUCCUGACCAGCCGGAAAACAGGAUAAGGUGUCUCUGCUUCCACUGGCAAGUUCCCUGCCUCCUCACAGAGUCACACCCUGAUCCCCAUUUCUCCAUGAUUCCUACCGCCUAAUCUUCACUUCGUUCCUCCAAUCUCUGUGAACCCUAAUUUCUUCCCAAAAUCAUGGGCUCACAUGUCCUACCUCAGGCUUUGUAUAUGAUUCCGAAGAACCCCACUUGCUGUCCUGUGAAGAAGUUAGGGUUUUCUAGCGUACUCACUUCGUUCAACUCCUGUCGAGUGUCUGUUCCAAGAGUUUCAACGCACCCCUUUGGAUUUCAAUUCAAUUCUAUCGUCGCGGUGCGGCCGAGACGGUCCUUUGUUUCGAGAGCGGAAGGGGAAGCCGAAGGAGAAUUGGGAGAAAGUGUGAAUGAGGAGGAGGAGGUGGUGGAAACCGUAGAUGCUGAAGCUUCUGAGGGAGAGGGAGAGCGAGAAACAGAGGCUGAGGUUAUAUCUGAUGAACCCGCCAAGCCGCCGAGAAAGCGUCGCAUCAAGCUAGGCGAAAUAAUGGGGAUUUUGAACAAGAGAGCAGUUGAGGCAGCAGAGAAGGUGAGACCAGUUCCGGAUCUUAGGACUGGAGAUAUUGUGGAAAUUAAAGUGGAAGUACCCGAAAACAGGCGCAGGUUAGCCAAUUAUAAAGGCAUUGUUAUGUCCAAGCAAAAUGCAGGUAUCCACACAACAAUUCGGAUUCGGAGAAUUGUUGCUGGCAUUGGGGUUGAAAUUGUAUUUCCUGUUUACUCGCCAUGUAUCAAGGAGAUAAAAGUAGUUAAACACAGGAAGGUCAGGAGAGCAAGACUGUAUUACCUGAGAGACAAGCUUCCCAGGUUCUCCACUUUCAAGUGAAAAUCCUAGAUGCAGCUCUGCUAGUGCUUUCAAUGAAUAUUUAUACAUGUACGAACUGUUUCUAUGAAUCUCUAUGAACUGAUUUUUUUUUUCCUUCUAAAGAAAUAAACACUGUUUAUCUCCUUCGAAUCA